AUGGCAUUAGAUGAUGCAGAAGCUCAAAAACAAAUCCAACAAAUGGUAAACUUCAUCUUGAAUGAAGCCAAGGAUAAAGCACAUGAAAUUGAAGCCAAAGCCUUAGAAGAUUUUAAUAUUGAAAAAUUAAGAAUUGUGCAAAAGAUGAAAGAAAAGAUACGUGUAGAAUUUCAGAAAAAAGCUAAACAAAUGGAAAUUAAAAGGUCUAUUGCUAGAUCAUCAGCUAUAAAUAAAGCUAGAUUAAAGAAGAUGUGUGCAAAAGAUCAAGUUUUUAAAGAAAUUUAUAAACUUAGUAGUGAUAAAUUAAAUGAUUUAUAUAAAGAUAAAGAUAAAUAUAAAAAUCUUAUUGUAGAUUUAAUAGUUCAAUCAUUAUUCUAUAUGCAAGAACCACAUGUUAUUGUUCGAUGUAGAGAUAUAGACAAAGCAGUUGUUGAAAGCUCCUUAAACGAAGCUGUUUCAAAAUAUACAGACAAAUUAAAAAAACAAUUCAAUAUUACCAAAACAGUUAAAAUAGAAUUAGAUAAAUCGGGAAAUUAUCUACCUCCACCACCUACACCUGAAAAUGAAGGAAAUUCAUGUCUUGGAGGUGUUAUCUUAACUACACCAAAUAGAAAAAUUAAUUGUGAUAAUACUUUGGAUGUGCGUCUCAAACUAGCCAUCGAAUAUUGUACACCGGAAAUUAAAAGAAUGUUUUUUGAAAAUGCAUAA